UAAUAUCCCAGUAAUCCUUCCUAACAAUCCCCAACAAUUUACCAACAGCACCCCACAAGACACUUAAUUUUUCAAUUCCACCCCUACCAAUGUGAACCACAGAGUAAUCAGUCCUUAAGAGGUUCCAUUUACCACUGCUCUGAUGGAGGGAGUGACCAUCAAACUGGAAGAAGAUACAGUGUCCAAUGUGGUCGGGUCGUCGGACACACAGCCGAGGCCGAUUGAGGGGCUCCACGAGGCCGGCCCGCCCCCAUUCCUCGUGAAGACGUUCGAGAUGGUGGAGGACUCCGAGACCGACCCCAUCGUGUCGUGGAGCGCCGGGAGGAACAGCUUCGUCGUGUGGGACUCCCACAAGUUCUCCGGCUUACUGCUCCCCAAGUACUUCAAGCACAACAACUUCUCGAGCUUCAUCCGCCAGCUGAAUACUUAUGGAUUCCGGAAGGUUGAUCCCGACCGAUGGGAAUUCGCUAACGAGGCCUUCCUCGGCGGCCAGAAGCACCUCCUCAAGAACAUCAAGAGGAGGAGACACGUCUCCCACAAUCCGACCCAGCAAGGAUCACAGGGGCCGUGUGUCGAGUUGGGACAGUUCGGGUUAGAGUCCGAGCUCGAGAUACUAAAACGAGACAGGAACCUGCUAAUGUCCGAGAUUGCGAAGCUGCGGUCCCAUCAGCAACGAUCGAGAGACCAAAUUGCCGCAGUGGAGCAGCGGUUGAGGAACACUGAGAGGAAGCAGCAGCAAAUGUUGAACUUCCUCGCCAGGGCACUGAAUAACCCGUCGUUUGUCCAGAAUUUGAUGAGAAGAGGAGAAGUGAAGGGCGUGGAGAUGAGGAGGAAGAGGAGAUUAACAGCGAGUCCGAGCACUGAGAACUUGCAGCAGGAGGUUGCGACAUUACUAGCCCAGGAAGACCAAUUCGAAGGGGUCGAGUCACAGAUGGAGGCAAUAUUCAGGUCCAGCAGCAGCGACGUGAGUGACCCGAGCUGGAGCUCGGCCGGACCUCCUAGCAAUUUGGAAUCGGUGAAUGAGACGACGAUAUGGGAGGAGCUAAUAACGGAAGAUAUGCUGAAGGGGGAAGCCCCGGAUGAGGAAGACGUACUAGCAGCGGUUAAAGAGCCCGAGUUCGACGUUGAAGUGGAGGACUUGGUGGUGUCCGAUGAUUCCACUGGCUGGAACGAGCAUCUAAGCGAGCUAAUGGAUCAAAUGGGCUAUCUGGGGUCGAGCCCGUGACGUCCUAGACCCCGUAUGCAAAAGCAGCUCCUGCUCCUCUCAUGAUCUCGUGCUAAAUUGGUCGAUUUCCGCAACAAAACAACAACAUUCCUCCCUUCCUGGUAUAGUAGUUAGAAUGGUAUUAUGCUUUGUUUGCUUUGUGGAUUUUUGUGUUGGAACAUUUGAUGUUUGGCGUUAGGAUAAUAGGAGUUGUAAUGGGCAGGGAAUAAAGACGAAGCAUAGGGCAGAACUAGGGAAGUCGAGUCUCAGUAGCUCAGCAGCCUAAGCUUCUUAUGUAGUGGUGAUAGACUGGUGUGUUUAUCUUUUGAUUAAUUAACUAAUCAAAUCAUUAAUUAUAAUCUUCGUACCAUUAGACUUG